CGUCGAAGAAAUCACUUUCACUUGAACACGCCGAAACGGCCGCUAUUUGAUCGAACACUCUCUGCUCGGUACUCCCAACAGCUCCACAAGCAACUGUGACUACUUAAGAGCGACACAGCCCCGCCGGUGAAAGCAAGCUCCAACCUUCCCCACGCAGGCAGGCUCAUCCGACAUCUUCACGACCCAACUCACCUCCCGACACCCAACGACAUUGUUUAGCCCAGGCUUGCUGCCUACUUAUUCCCCCUUCCCUCCCCCUUCUUUCUCCCGACUCCAAACCUCCCCCACCAACCUUCGAAACACUCACCCGCGAUGGCGUCCAAUCGUGCUCGUCGAAUUGCGAAGGAGAUCGCCGACAUCAAAGCCGAUACACUCUCCAAGAUCAUUGUAGACCCAGCAGGGAACGGCGAUGACCUUACCCAUCUCCGCGGACAGUUCCAAGGCCCUCCCGACACCCCGUACGAGGGCGGUACCUACUAUGUCGACAUCAAGAUCCCGGGCGAAUACCCCUUCCGACCCCCGAAUAUGAGGUUCGAGACGAAGAUAUGGCAUCCCAACGUCUCUAGCCAGACGGGCGCCAUCUGCCUAGAUACUCUCUCCUCUCAGUGGUCGCCCGUCCUCACCAUCAAGUCCGCCCUCAUCUCCCUGCAGUCUCUCCUUAGCACGCCAGAACCCAAAGACCCACAAGACGCCGAAGUCGCCACCAUGUUGAUCCGGAAUCCCUCCGAGUUCGAGCACGUCGCCCGCGAUUGGGCCGUUAAGUUCGCUGGUGCACCCAAGAAGGAGCGGGGAGAGGGGAGCGGCGGAGCCACAGCAGAGUCAAUCAAGCGAAAGGCCCAGCAAGCAAAAGAGAACGAGGAGAAGGUCAAGCUCGCCGCGUAUCACGGCUACAACAAAGAUCUCAUCGACCGCUUCGUCGCAAUGGGCUUCGACGUCGAAAGCGUCGUCGCCGCCUUUGAAUACGUGGGUAUUGAUAAGAUGGGCGGUGAAGACUACGAGCUGGAGGAAGCAUACAUGGGUGAUAUCACAGCCCGUCUCUUUGGGGAAGCGUAGCGGAAGCGUAAAGGGGGAUCUCUCUUAUUGCUUAACUAUAUUGCAUUGAAUCACUAACACAUAUCUCCUUUCAUCUCAGGCCCACAAUCACGGAUAAGGAGCUAUGGAAGACUAAGACUACAUGUUGCGGCAUUGUUGCUCCCGGGGGGGAUAAUCAACUGAGUAGAGAUUGGGUUCAAUUGGCGUUUGCUUUGAUCACGAUGAACGGGGUCUCUUUUCUUUCUCAAGUCUUCAAUGAAUCCAUAUCGGGCGGCGUCAAUCAGGUCUGGGAUUUCAGAGUAUUUAACUAUUUUAACUUUCAGUGCUUCUCUGACAUUCGGAUAUUGUUUCCACUCUGAUAGGUAGUGUAACGAAUGAAGCCUACUUUUCGGCACGUUUUUA